CAGCGGACCAAACCACCCCCCACCACCGUCUCUGUCGGUGCCGUUCCUUCCCCCUUUCCGCCUCCUCCUCCUCCUCCUCCUCCGAUUCGCGAACCGAACCUCCAAGAAAACCAUCAGAUUCUUGCAAGACCAUCAAGAUCGUCCCCCUAUUUCUCUCCCAUCAUCAGAUCUGCGCCAAGAAAGAAAGGGGGAAGGUGAGCGGUAAGGGUAGGAAAAUGUCUUUGAACAUGAAGACGCUGACGCAGGCGCUGGCGAAGGCCGGGGCGGUGAUCGAGAAGACGGUUCAGACGACGGUGCAGGAGGUGACGGGGCCGAGGCCGCUUCAGGACUAUGACCUUCUUGAUCAGGCCGGCUCCGGCGGCCCCGGCCUCGCCUGGCGCCUCUUCGCAGCCCGCCCUCGCGCCUCCGCCCCCUCCACCCAUUACCCCCUGGUCACCGUCUGGGUCCUCGACAAGCGUGCCCUCGCCGAGGCCCGCGUCCGCGCCGGCCUUUCCAAGGCCGCCGAGGACGCCUUCCUCGAUCUCGUCCGCGCCGAUGCCGCCCGCCUCGUCCGCAUCCGCCAUCCCGGCGUCCUCCACGUUGUCCAGGCCCUAGACGAGAGCAAGAACGCCAUCGCCAUGGUCACUGAGCCCGUCUUUGCCUCCGUCGCCAACGCCCUCGGUCACCUCGACAACGUGCCCCGCGUCCCAAAGGAACUCAACGGCAUGGAAAUGGGAUUGUUAGAGGUCAAACAUGGGAUGCUCCAGAUUGCAGAAACCCUGGAUUUUCUCCACAACCAAGCCCGUCUCGUUCAUCAAUCAAUAUCUCCUGAGUCUGUCUUUAUUACGUUGAGUGGAGCUUGGAAGCUUGGAGGGUUUGGUUUUGCAAUCUCUCUUGACCAGGCUACAGGUGGUUCCACACAGCCAUUUCACUAUUCGGAGUAUGAUGUUGAGGAUUCUGUCUUACCCCUCCAGCCUUCUCUGAACUAUACUGCACCAGAAUUGGUUCGCAACAAGACAACCACAUCAGGAUCUUCUUGUGACAUGUUUAGUUUUGGUUGUCUUGCCUACCAUUUGAUUGCUCGCAAGCCUCUUUUGGACUGUCAUAACAAUGUUAAGAUGUACAUGAAUAGCUUGACAUAUUUAACAAGUGAAACCUUCUCGGUUAUUCCGUCUGAGUUGAUUAUUGACUUGCGAAGGAUGUUAUCCAUGGAUGAGACCUCUAGGCCCAGUGCAACGGAAUUCACAGGAUCAUCCUUUUUCCGUGAUGAUACCCGGUUGCGUGCUCUUCGUUUCCUUGAUCAUAUGCUUGAAAGGGAUAAUAUGCAGAAGUCUGAGUUUCUAAAAGCUCUAUCAGAUAUGUGGAAAGAUUUUGAUUCUCGUGUCUUGCGGUUUAAGGUUCUUCCGCCCCUUUGUGCUGAGCUGCGGAAUAUGGUUAUGCAACCCAUGAUUCUUCCUAUGGUUCUUACAAUAGCUGAGUCUCAGGAUAAAAAUGACUUUGAGCUUUCAACUUUACCUGCAUUGAUACCAGUUCUAAGUUCUGCAUCAGGCGAAACACUACUUCUACUUGUGAAGCAUGCAGAUCUUAUCAUCCACAAGGCAAGCCAAGAUGACUUGAUAUCCCAUGUUCUUCCCUUGUUUGUUCGAGCUUACGACGAUACUGAUCCGCGUAUACAAGAAGAGGUUUUGCGAAGAACUGUUCCCUUAGCAAGGCAACUUGACAUGCAGCUAGUGAACCAAGCCAUGGUACCUCGUGUUCAUGGAUUGGCUCUGAAGACUACAGUUGCUGCGGUGAGAGUAAAUGCCCUCCGUUGCUUAGGAGAUUUGGUUUCAGCACUUGAUAAACCUUCGAUUUUGGACAUUUUGCAAACGCUUCAACGGUGUACUGCUGUGGACCGCUCAGCACCCACUCUUAUGUGCACACUGGGAGUGGCAAAUUCUAUUUAUAAACAACAUGGCAUAGAAUUUGCUACUGAGCAUGUGCUUCCCCUGCUUUUCCCACUGCUUACUGCCCAGCAACUGAACGUUCAGCAAUUUGCCAAGUACAUGCUCUUUGUUAAGGAUAUUCUAAGAAAGAUAGAAGAGAAACGGGGUGUCACUGUGUCUGACUCUGGUACUCCUGAAGUUAAAGUUUCAUCUGCAUCAACCAAUGGUCUUCAUUCUGAACCAUUACCAAAAUCAGUUGCACAAAACUCAUAUACAAAGAGCAGAGCCUCAUGGGAUGAAGAUUGGGGUCCAACAGUGAAGAAGACCGCCAAUGCUUCACAACCUUUGGAGACCAACCUUCAACCUGAAGAAUCACUCUCGAUUUCACAGCAAGCAACAGCCAAUGCUAUCCCUCUGCAGUCUGUUGCUGCCGCUCCUACACACCAAACGCCCACCACGUGCACACCUGUUGACAUUGAAUGGCCUCCUUCAAAUUCAUACUCUGAGUUUGGUGCACAGUUGAAUGUCAAUGAGAAGCAGAACUCCACGGAUGUUUCUAAUAGUGCUUUUGAUGAUUUGGAUCCUUUUGCCAAUUGGCCACCAAAGCCAAGUAAUUCUGCAAGCAGUUUAGGGUCUGUAACUGUACCAACUCAGAGUCAUGGAAUAUCAGGAUCCGGCAUGAGCAGCAUAGGAUUUUCUAGCAACAGCACCUCUAUUGGACAAUCAAAUCCACACAAGGGGAGCUUGAUCUCUAAUGUGAACAAUCCGAGGGGUUUACCCAUGAAUAGCCAAACUUCUGGUCAGGUGAAUCGUGCAUCUGCAUCAGUUAUUGGAAAUUCAGUCUCAGCAUUGGAAACAAGUCAUUCCAACUCUCACAGUCAUGCUUUCAAGGCAACUGACAUCGGGUCCAUAUUUGCGUCAGUGCACAAUGGGCAGCCGACACCUAGAAUUGCCCCACCUCCUGCUACUGCCAUUGGAAGAGGACGUGGAAGGAACCAAGGGAAUGCUAGAGUAUCAAAAGCAUCACGGUCGUCUAGUCACGGGCAAGGAUCAUCAGAGCAACCUCCAUUAUUGGAUUUGCUAUAAUAGAACACACUUGUUACUCUCUCUCAUGUUGAAAAUUGAGUACUAUCAGCUCUACCAGAGGUUAUUCCUUGGGGGGACAGCAGGCGACAAAGAUCCUUGAAUUUGGUUGCUGGUUCUGCUGUGUGAGUUUUAGUGGGAAGUCAAUGCUCAUGGAAACAAUCUGUCCAUACAUGUAUCAUAUUCUUUGACAAUCGCUCCAACCACUUUGCCAUUAAUUUGACACAAGAAAAUAAGUCCAUGAUAGAGCAUUGAGUUGAGCUGUGGUGAACUUUUUUUGCCUUUUAAAAAGGUGAUGGUAGAUCAAAAAGAGGUGUGUGUGUUUAUCAGUAUAUAUAUAAUAAUGUUUUUUUAUUAGAGAA